AUGCAGGGGGUGAGCUCGCAACUGGUGUUGAGCAAGCCUCAGGCAAGCAAGGCACGCGCAAGUGUGAAUGGCAACGGACAUAGCAAUGCGGAACCGGAGCAUGCUGAAGCCGCAGACAAUAAGGCAUUCGAUGACUUUGUGAAGCAGGCGGAGGGUUUCCACAAGGAAUAUGAAGAAAGGUUUGGCACCUUUGUAAAGGAUACACAAGAUGCAGCAUUGAAUGUGAACAACAAAGUUGGAGAGCAAUCCAAGAACCUCCUGGAUGGUGCACAAAAGGCCAUCCAUGAUGUCAACGACAAGAUCUCCAAGGUCUUCGGGAGCAGCAAGCAAUCGGAAAUCCAGCAGAAAGCCGAGAUCGUAGUUCAAAUGAAGUAUGGGCUCGCCAAGGGCCCAGAGAUUCUCCUGAUCUGUCUGGAUGGUCGGAACAAGCAGCAGAUCGUCGUCGACUGGACCGACUCCUUCGAAGACGUGCUUUACAAGCUUCGAGACGUCUUCAAGAAGGACGUGAUCUUUGAAUAUGAGAAAGACAGUCAAGUCUUCCGUGUUGAGACCGAUGAAGCUUUUGAUCGCGCCAUGGAGGUCGCUGAGGCCUCCAACUGCAAGCUUGAGGUUGUCAUCCAACAGGCUGUAUGGUUGAAACCUCCGCUGGAGGAGGACGAGCCCGACGAGCCGGAGCCGGAGCUCGAGCCCCGGGCGAUUUCCUGCGCAGAUCGGAUGAUGUACAAUCCAGCCCCGUACAAACCUCUGCUGGGCUUGGGGGUUGCGGGCAUAUUCAUCUCGAUAGCUGGAUGUAUCGUAGGCUACGCUGUGCUCGAAGAUGGGACGUACCUCGGCGCGAUUUCAAUCUUUGUGGCGUUUCCAUACUUUGCGAAAGCGUUCAUGGUGAAGAAGGACUUCACGCUGCCGUGGAAGCUGAUGCAAUUCGUGCUCGCACUGUUCGGCUUGUGUAUAGCGAUCAUCUCUUGCGUGAACUUCCUCAAGUUGAAGUUGCAAGACGGAGUGAUCGGGUGCAUCAUCUGGAUCCUCUCGUUGCUCUUCUUUCUCUGGAUCAGCACGCUCUCGCUCUACGAGUCCUACAAGGUGAUGAAGCAGCAUGCCUCCAAGAAGCGAAGGUCAAGGAGGAGGAGGAUACCCCUGUCCGAGAGGCUCAAGAGCGGAGCAAUCGGCGUCAGUCUUGCCGUUCUCUAUGUGAUCGUCUUUGGAUUGCUCCAGUACGCUCCCUUCAAUCACAUCUCGCAGAUUGUGUCGACCGACCGAUACGUUCCCCUUGGCAACAUGUACGACAGAGGAGACGGCAAGAAGAAUCACAUGCACUGCAUGGCGUUCAUUGACCCCAACUCCAAGAUUGACAGCCGACCCGUUGUGAUCCUGGAGGCGAUGGAAGGGCUCGGCAUGUCUACUGCUCUCGCAGGGGUACAAGAGCGUAUCGCCUUGGUCGGGGUUGCCUGCGCCUACGACCGGGCCGGCUUCGGCUGGAGUCCUCCGGCUAAGACGGCCAGGACGCCGCAGCAGAUAGCGACAGAGCUCAAGACCAUGCUGAGCAGCAACGUGACUGUUGACAUCAUUCCGAGAAGAGGCAACACUACGAGGACAAGCAUGGCGCUCAAGGCACCCUACGUGCUUGUGGGGCAUUCCGUCGGCUCCUUCUAUGUCCGUGCCUUUGCCAGCUCCUUCCCCGAGCUCACAGCAGCUGUGGUCAUGUGGGAUGCGCUGCCGUCAGAGGACGAGACGUUCAACAAGAAGUUCCAGUCCUCUGCCUCCUCCCUCUUCAGCCUCUCUACGCUCACACUGUGCAAGACCGUGCUGGAGCCCAUGGGGAUCAUCGACCUGUUCCUCCGCCAGUCCCUCCUGACCUCCAUCCUCAACGGAACCGCGCUUGACAAACCUGCUCCCAACGGGAUCGGAUCUAACUACGGAAGGAUCGUCUCAAGGAUGCUCCGACGAACCUGGUGUCCAGCAGUAGCCAAGGAGUAUAGCGACCUCUACCUCGGGUCGAAGCCGGGGAUCUUCGACCUCGUCACUGCCGACAGCGCUCGCUACUCGGUCCCCUUCGUGAUCUGGGCAAGGUCGGACAACUUGUUCUCCAAGGUAACCUCGUACACCUUCAACGGUCUCGACGCCUGCAGCGAGCAGUUCACGCAGAUUCUCAACCCGGCGAUCAAUCACCCCGAGGGAACUUCCAGCUGGGACUGCGUUCAGUUCAAAGUGCUACACUACUCCAAGCAGCCCUACGCCAAUCCCUACAAGCGCACUUGUGAGAUCGUUGGGCAAGCCCAGCUGGGGUCCAACAACCCCUGCCCCGACAUCCUGCGGUCUAUUCACAACGGCACUGAGAUCGCUCCCUUGCAAGACGCAUCCGUGCAGGCCGAGCUCGUUGACACUGUCCUCAACGCUUGGAACCUGCUGGGCUUCAGAACGGAGUUUCCAUCCAACCCCUUCGCUCUGACCUUCCAGGGCUUCGUGCCCGGUACCUGCUUCAGGGCUGGAUGCCUCGACUCUCCCCAGCUGUGGCGGUCGAAGUUUGCGGCAGACCUAGAGCAGGUGCUGGGGGUUCGCUUCCAAGGCCUCGUGCAGGUGGUUGUGCAGGAGGGUCCCACCUCCUGCCCCGUCUCCGUUGUCCCCUCGGCUUCAGCUGAGGUCAUCGGCCAGCUGAAGCCUGGCGGUUGCCCGACUACCGUCUGCUCGGACAUUCGAUCGUGCUCGACCCCCUGGUCUUCCGGAUUCACGGGAACGUCGUGGAGGAGGAGCAUGCGGAGGUCGAGGAGUCUGUUGGCGAGGGAGCAGGGCGCGAGGGAGGAGGAGCAGGAGGAUGGGGAGGACAUGAGCUUGAGAGCGUUUGCGGAGGAAUCGUUCUACGCAGUGGUCCAGCUGGUGGGAGUGAAGGACUCUGACGUUCAGGCUGCCAUGGAUGUGCUGGAGUGCUUGAGGACGCAGUGCGAGACUCACGAGCUGAACGCCUUAGAGGCGAGAGGAACGAGCCCCAACACCACGACCAUCCGCCUUGCUGAGCGAAACCGUCGAGACCAGUUCUUCCUAAGGUACAACGUGACCUCCAUCCUCAUCGCCGAUCGCAUCCUCGCUAACAACCAGUGGAACGUCACCGCCAGGUCUAUCCUCUUCGAGUGCCCCGCAAACUCGUACAAGUACCUCUCCGGCUGCCGCCAGUGCCCCACCAACUCCACCUCGCCCCCAGGAUCGCUCGAGCAGACCUCCUGCCUUUGCGACCCCAACUUCUUCCUCCAGGUCGUCGGCUCCGACUACAUCUGCGUCCACUGCCCUCCCAACUCCCGCAGCGUCUGCGGCAGCACCCGCAUCCAGGACUGCAAGUGCGACCAAGGCUACACGGGUGAGGACGGCAAGACCUGCUCCCCCUGCCCCCUCAACACCUACAAGACCGUGGUGGGAAAUUAUCCCUGCACCUGGUGCAACGCGACUCAAGUCGGAUGCCCGGAGAACUGUCACGCUGUCGAUGUUUCUACUCCAGGCUUCACUGCAGAUCAUGUCGGCACCGUCGUGCAUCCUCGCUUCGGCAACAUCUCGAUGAGCGCAGAUUUUGGAACCAACUGCACUUUCGCUGCUCCGACGCUCGGGGCAUGCGUCAACGCGACCACCACGGAAGUGUCGGGGAGGAUUGAGGCAGUGAGGAGCUUGGAGUUUUGCUUGAACCCCCCAGUCCAGCCCACUGUCAACCCUUACUUGACCAUCAUCGGCGGGCGCGAGAUCGUAAUGCAGAGGUGCCUGGAGAAGGGAGAUUUCGGAUGCAAGGUUUACGGCAACUUAACGUUGCAGCAUUGGCCAGUCACGAGCGUUUGCUCACAGGUGCGACUAUCCUCCUAG